AUGCUCAAACUCUCUGCCCUUUGUGUUUUCUUUACCAGCGUUGCUAUUGUGCUUGGCUGCGACACUGCUUGCUCUGCUUCGCAAGACCUAGAUGGUCGCUGUUACUAUUCGUGUACGGACAAUGCUUGCUACAUGUCUGGAAGUCAUCACAGAGAUCAGUUCUUGAAUGGGCUCUCCACUCGUGGCUAUGACUGCAGACCAGAAGGCUACAACACGCUGUCUUGCGCAAAGACUGGUAACUUUGGUGGCUGCUGGGGUCAUAUGUGGACCUGCGGUGCCAAUUGUUGA